AUGGAUGAAAUGCCUAUUAGAAAUAACGAUGAUUCCGUACUGAAAUAUUACCCAAAAUUGGAACUCAUUGAUGGGAAGUUGAUCAAGCAAUUAGUCGAAGAUACUGUUGAUUGGGCACAUGCUCAUGGUAUGGUAAUGAGGACAGCGAUGACUACUGAUCGUAGUGAUAUAUGUCAAACAGCUCCCUGUACCCUCUUUCCCUCACCUUUUCCUUAUAACUUAUUUCAGGAAGCUAUGGAUAUUCAACGGACAUUCAGUUUGUUGUAUUUCCGCAUAUCAUGGGAUUUCGACUUCUUGAUCAAAUCACAUGCUGAGGUAGUGAAAACUGAUGAUUUUACAAGGCAUUUUGUGGAAAUCUUAAAUGCCGUGCUCACCUCAAACUUUUGUCAAAAGAAGACGUUGUUGAUCCAAAGAAAUGAUUAUAUGUGUCACGAAGAUAGUUAUGGAAAUCGUUCCCUAAAACAGAUUGAAGUCAACAAUAUAGCCGCAAGCAUGGGCGCACUUGCGGAACGUGCUACUUGCGUGCAUAAGAGAACACUGGAAACAGUGCAGCUUCCCAGUAAAAUUAUUGAAAAGGCUAUCCUCGAUAAUCAUCCGACAGUCACAAUUGCAAGAGGAAUCUACGAAGCGUGGUAUGAUUUUGGAGUGCCAGAGGCAAUCGUAUUAUUCGUGGUUGAAGAUGCUAAUCGAAAUCAAAUUGAUCAGAGGCAUGUGGAAUAUUGCAUUGAUGAACUCAGCAAUAGAAAUGCAAGAUGCUUGCGUAUCACAUUGACUGACGGUGCGAAAAGAUUGAAACUUAACGAAAGCAAUCAUCAUCUUGUAUUGGAUAACAUUUUACGUGUAGCAGUCGUAUAUUUUCGGGCAGGUUAUUCACCAAGUAAUUAUCCGACUGAAAUGGAAUGGACCGCUCGUCGUAUUAUCGAACUGUCCGAUGCAGUGAAGUGUCCUUGGAUUGGUCUGCAAUUAGCAAAUACCAAAAAAGUACAACAGGUUUUAUCUGAAAAUGGUGUUCUGGAAAAGUAUAUUACUGAUGAUAAAAUGUGUGCACGAAUUCGACAAACAUUUGCUGGCAUGUGGGGGUUGGAAAAUGAUGAUGAAAAAACACAAAGGAUAAUUCAGGACGCUAUUGCACAUCCAGAAAAAUUCGUCUUGAAACCGCAGUUGGAAGGCGGAGGUGGUAAUUAUUAUGGAAAAGAAGUUGCGGAAAAAUUGAAAACAAUGAAUAGGGAUGAAAUGGCCGCAUAUAUAAUUAUGGAACGUAUCACUCCGAUGGUUGUAAAGAAUUACGUGAUUCGACCACAAGAAGAACCGCUUCUAAUGGAUGUAGUAGGAGAAUUAGGCGUUUAUGCUUACCUUUAUGGAUCAGCUGCUGUUGAUAACAUCAUAGUCGAGAAUAUUAUGAAAAACCACGUUAGUGGACACAUCAUCCGAAGCAAGGAUAAAAGCGUCGAUAAAGGAGGGGUAGCUAUUGGUGCCGCAGUCAUCGAUUCUCCUUAUUUGUUUUGA